UAUUGCUUUUCAGUGUCUCAGGUCAGACACGCAGUCGGAGCUCCAAGGUCACCUCUGUCCACACAAGGGAUUCGAAGCACAGAGGAACCGACUCACUUGCCUGUGGUCUCCCAGCAAACAGGACUUCUCUAGGCAGGUUAUGUCACCAGCAGAGGCUGCCCUGAAGCUCCCUGCGGCCUGGAGACUAUGUACAAGAGGAAUGGUCUGAUGGCUAGCGUGUUGGUCACCUCUGCCACUCCACAGGGCAGCAGCAGCUCAGACUCUCUGGAGGGCCAGAGCUGCGACUAUGCCAGCAAGAGCUACGAUGCCGUUGUCUUCGAUGUCUUGAAAGUGACUCCCGAGGAGUUUGCUAGCCAGAUCACACUAAUGGACAUCCCUGUGUUUAAAGCCAUCCAGCCGGAGGAACUAGCCAGCUGUGGAUGGAGUAAGAAGGAGAAACAUAGUCUCGCCCCCAACGUCGUGGCCUUUACCCGGAGGUUUAACCAGGUCAGUUUUUGGGUUGUACGAGAAAUUCUAACAGCACAGACUUUAAAAAUAAGGGCAGAAAUCCUGAGCCAUUUUGUGAAAAUAGCUAAGAAACUUCUAGAACUCAACAACCUUCAUUCUCUCAUGUCUGUGGUGUCAGCAUUGCAAAGUGCUCCCAUCUUCAGGCUGACAAAGACCUGGGCUCUGUUGAAUCGAAAAGACAAGACCACCUUUGAGAAAUUGGACUACCUGAUGUCCAAAGAAGAUAAUUACAAGCGGACGCGGGAAUAUAUUCGAAGCCUGAAGAUGGUGCCCAGUAUUCCCUAUCUAGGGAUCUAUCUUCUGGAUCUAAUCUACAUUGAUUCUGCAUAUCCUGCCUCAGGCAGUAUUAUGGAAAACGAACAAAGGUCCAAUCAGAUGAACAAUAUUCUCCGAAUCAUUGCUGAUUUACAAGUUUCCUGCAGCUAUGAUCACCUCACCACCCUGCCCCAUGUGCAGAAGUACUUGAAGUCCGUACGCUACAUCGAAGAGCUCCAGAAGUUUGUGGAAGACGACAACUACAAACUAUCGCUCAGAAUAGAACCGGGAAGCAGCUCUCCAAGACUAGUCUCUUCCAAAGAAGAUCUUGCAGCAGGUCCCUCUGUGGGCUCCAGCUCAGCGCGCUUCCGCCGGAGACCCACCUGCCCUGAUGCAUCCGUGGCCGGCAGCCUCCCCACGCCACCAGUCCCUCGACACAGGAAGAGUCACAGCCUGGGCAACAAUAUGAUGUGUCAGUUGAGUGUAGUUGAGAGUAAAAGUGCGACAUUUCCAUCGGAGAAAGCCAGGCACCUUCUGGACGACAGCGUCCUAGAGUCGCGCAGUCCCCGCAGGGGCCUCGCCCUCACCUCCUCCACCGUCACCAAUGGACUCUCCCUAGGCAGUAGUGAGAGCUCAGAGUUUAGUGAAGAGAUGUCUUCAGGGCUGGAAAGCAGGGGACGUCUCUACGCCACCCUAGGGCCCAACUGGCGGGUUCCAGUGCGGAAUUCUCCCAGAACGCGCAGCUGUGCUUACAGCCCCACCAGCCCGUGCACCUGCACCUUGGGAAGCUCAGCAGCUGUGCCCACCAUGGAAGGGCCUCUGAGAAGGAAAACCCUGCUCAAGGAAGGACGGAAGCCCGCACUGUCCUCCUGGACCAGGUACUGGGUCAUACUCUCAGGAUCCACCCUCCUGUACUACAGAGCCAAGUCCUUGCGAGGCACAGACAGAAAACAUUAUAAGUCCACACCUGGCAAAAAGGUCUCCAUCGUGGGCUGGAUGGUGCAGCUGCCUGAUGACCCCGAGCACCCGGAUAUCUUCCAGCUGAACAACCCCGACAAAGGCAAUGUUUACAAGUUUCAGACUGGCUCCCGGUUCCAUGCAAUACUGUGGCACAAGCAUUUGGAUGAUGCAUGUAAAAGCAACAGGCCUCAGGUAAAGUCACCAGAAUCCCACUUCUCACUGGAAAUACCCUCCCGCCCCAGGGACUCGAGCUCCUUAGGAAACAGGUUCCCUUCUUCCCUCAGAGCCCAGCAGCUCUGCUCCCAGGCACCUUCUCUGGGUCAGCAAUUUCCUCUGAAGUAAGACACCCCUUGCACAGCAUAGAAUGGAGCCCAGCAUCAGAACUGGAGACCCGGAGAACUUUGGGUCUGGUUCCUGUGUCUCUUCCACUAAAGGAAAUGCCACAAAAACAUUCACUGAGAAACAGGGAGGUGGCAAGGAUCAGGCUCCAGAAUCUAUUGAAUUCAUCCCCCCAAAGCUGAUUUUUUGGGCAUGUCCUCGACUAAUGCACCUCCCAGUCCCACUCUUGGAAAUGAUAGUGGCAACUCGUUUAUCGAAGGCCAACCCCGUGCUGAUGACUGGGGACUCCUGCUCCGAGGGACUUUGUACAGAUGUGGGCUCCCUCUGGGCUGCUGGACCUGGCUUGGGCUCUGGCUCCCUUCCCACGCCCUCCUCAUUAGCCAUUACGCUGAAUCCUUCACAUACAGGAAUUGGCCCAGUCCUCCAUCUUAUAAGGUUCUCUUCCUGCCUCCAUUUUGUUCUGAGGAUCCUGAGGCUCCUUCAGUGUUACUGCACAGUGGACCUGGGAUCUAACCCAGAGCCACCUGACUCCUGAUCCUGACCUUGUACCCCGAGCUGUCCUGCCCCUAUUUCCCUGGUAGCCCUGCAGCUGUGCCAGCACCCUGGGAAGGCGGCCCUACCAGCCAGGCUGACUCCACAGACACGGCUGUGCUGCCUCUCGGCACAGAAGUGGGCAGGCUGGAGUUUUCCCUUCCCUGCAGCCAGCAAGCAGCAUUGGUGCUCCUGUCCCUAAACACCCAUGUCAGAGAGAACUGGGGACAUCGGGUCCCUCUCCUCAGCCUGUCUGGGAGAGAAGGGGGAAGAAUAGAUGGUGGCCGCUUCUAGGAGGAAGGUCUGCGGGGACCUCGGCUCCAGGUGCUGGGCCUGGAAGGACUGGGACUUACCUGCUGGUCACGGCACAUUGACCCUUCUUGGCCCCUCAGGGCAUCUUGUAAACGGAGGGAGGACACUAGGGGCAGGUCCUAGGGCUCUGCGCUCAGCUUGGUCCUAUUGAGGAUUCUCAGUUGUAACGUAGAUGGGGACAUAUAUGAGAAGCUGGUCCAGAUUACAGGCCGUAAGAAGUUGGAAGGGGAAUAAGCAGGAAGUCCUCAACAAACUAAAGAAGCAGGACAAGGCUAACAUAAGGAUGAACGAGGUACCACAGGGAGGCCCAAAUCCACCUCACUCAGCCCUCUGACUCCCCAGGGAUGCUGGUAGGGAUCCCCCAGGUCCUCGGAGGCGUAUGCUAAAGAACGGUCACUGUAGCACUGCUCUUGAUAGAGCAGUGGAAACUGACAUGACCCGCAGCAGAUUCCUACUGUGCACUGGGUGGCCAUCAGGAAGAGGGCAGCAGAUCUGGGUGCAGCCUGGACAGAGCUCCAUCAUACAGUAAUAAGGAGGGGCACAGACAUCGGGAAGGAUGACGUCACUCACAUUCGCAUACAUAGACAGCCAGCACAGUGGCGCACACCCGCAAUCCCAGCUCUUGGGAGGCUGAGACAGGAGGAUCACCGCAGAUUCGAGCCCAGCCUGGACUGGGCUAGUGAGUUCAGAGCCAGCCUGAAGACUGUCUAGUGAGAUUCAGUCUCAACCCUCCCUCAAAAUACAUAUCCAUGUCUACCAUAUGUAUGUUUGUAUAUGCACGUAAACUUUCUACAGUAAUAUACAAGAAACGAAUUACAUACACACACAUAAACUGAUUCUGGGGCUCGGUGGGUCAAACCCAGGGCCUUGCAUAGGCUAGGCAAGCACAGUACCAUGGAGCCACACCCCCUGCCCAGCUUACCUGUACUCUGUACCUUAAAUUAACGUCAUUCUUGUCUCUGAGGCGGGUAGACCGGUGGCUCUGGUCAGCUGUCAUCUCAAGGCAAUCCAUGGAACAAGGUAUGAAGGACUGAAUGAGGCUGCCCACAUCAGAUGUCAUUAAGAGAGGGAGAGCUGGAUUUGGGACCACCCUGGGCUCAGCCCCGGUGCAUCUGUGCUCCCUCAUCAGCUCUGAGUGCCACUCUUCAGAGCGCAGCACACUGAAGCUCAUGGGCCACGCACAGGUAGCCCGGAACCUACAUGCAGGACACCAGGUGGUUGCAGAACUGCAGGAACUGACAGCCCCGGGAUAGACGGCCUGGGCAGGGUGGGGGAAGAGGCAGGACCUUGGUCUCAGCCUGAAGCAGCCAGAGGAGCCCUGAGCAAGGACCUGCAUUCCCCUGCAGACAGCAGCCAGAGGGCGGCAGCACUGCACAGCAGGCAGGCCGGGACCAUGUUAAAAGCAGUGUGGGUUGGCUCAAAGGGACCCGCUGAUGGGAUUUCACCUGUUGGUGAAAUACAGUGUCUGAGGCAAAUCCUGCAAGUUUUUUUUUUUUUUUUAAGGAUUUUUUUCAGUUUUCAGGCCAAAAUGAAGGAACAUGUUUUCCUACUGUUUCUUUUAUUUCCUAUGUAUUUUUCAUCAAAUAGCCCCACUCUGUGCUCUAUGUGAUAGCAAAAGGUUGGCAGCCAUCAAAAUGCUUGCCAGCAAGACGCUCCUGUUCUUGGAGUCGGCACACGUAGCGGUCAGUUCAGUUGACUGCAGUGAUCUUUCCCCGUUUCUUCUGCCGGUCACUCCAGCCUGCACUUUGCCACCCUGGCCGUGCUGCUGUGAACAUUAUUACUGUCUCCUGCUGCAUGGAGGUGCAUUUUUUUUUCCUAAUUCAUUUUGACCAGAUUGAUAUCAAGGUGGGUUUAUCUUGAUGAGACCGCUUUUGAUCAGGUCUCUUGGAACCCACAGCAGUGCUGGGAGAGGAGGUCUGAGGCUGGGACAAUCCUUGCCCUCGGUGGUGACGGCCCCCAGUGAACAGGGCCAGGGUCUUGUGCCCGAGCAGACUACGGGGAGGCCCGAGGGUUUGUCAUAUCCCCGGGCUUCGUCCUUCUCCUGGGCUUCCACUUGGCCAGGAUUCUCUGCCGUCUCCCGCUUGCUGGUGUCCCCUCCAGAGGUACACGUGUGCCCCAUUCCCGUGAGGCUGGUCCUCCCUACCCCGACUGCAGUUUCAUUUUGAUGGGAGGGUAGUGGUUGAAAGCCUAGGCUCGGAUUCCUACUCACCGUGCACAGAAACCUCUGUUUCCUCCUGGGGCUGCAUGUGAAGUAUUCAGCACAAAGUGGCCGCUAUAUAUUUAUUAUUACUAUUAUCACUGCCAUGCUUCCUCCAUAACUGACCUGCUCAUUCACAGCGUGGCUAGGAAAGGCCUGGUCCCUUCCCCUAGGGUCUACCCCCGUCCCUUUCCAAGCAUCCGAACUUUGACAAGAAGCUAAGUUUUC